AUGGGCUCUGUGCUACCCGCCGACACUCUGGCUCUCAAGUCUGGAUUUAAGUGUCCGAGCCGCUCGCUGUCGGACGUGAUCACCUCGGACAUCCUGCACAGCUUCUUGUACGGCAGGUGGAGGAACGUGCUGGGCGAACACCAGGCGGAGGAGCGGCAGAGCGGCAGCAGCCCCAAGACCGCCUUCACCGCCGAAGUGCUGGCUCAGUCUUUCGCUGGAGAGGUGCAGAAGCUGUCCAGCCUGGUGCUUCCCAGUGAAGUGAUCAUCGCCCAAAGCUCAAUCCCUGGAGAAGGUCUGGGCAUCUUCUCAAAGACCUGGAUCAAAGCAGGAACCGAGAUGGGCCCUUUCACAGGGAGAAUCCUGUCCCCUGAACACGUGGACCUGCUCAAGAAUAACAACCUCAUGUGGGAGGUGUUCAAUGAAGACGGCACUGUGCGCUACUUUAUCGAUGCCAGCCAGGAGGAUCAGCGCAGCUGGAUGACUUACAUAAAGUGCGCCCGGAACGAACAGGAGCAAAACCUGGAGGUGGUGCAGAUCGGCAGCAGCAUCUUCUACAAGGCGGUGGAGACCAUCCCGCCUGACCAGGAGCUUCUAGUCUGGUAUGGAAACACUCACAACACAUUCCUGGGAAUCCCUGGAGUUCCAGGAAUAGAUGAAGAACAGCAGAAGAAAAGCAGGAGUGAUGACACCCACCCCUGCGAAGGCCCUCCCUCUUGCUCCCCCCCUUCCUCCAUCUCAGCCGGUCGCAUGCGGUGCGUAAUCUGUCACCGCGGCUUCAACUCCCGCAGCAACCUGCGCUCCCACAUGCGCAUCCACACUCUGGACAAGCCCUUCGUCUGCCGCUUCUGCAACCGCCGCUUCAGCCAGUCGUCCACGCUCCGGAACCACGUCCGCCUGCACACCGGCGAGCGGCCCUACAAGUGUCACGUCUGUCAGAGCGCCUACUCGCAGCUGGCGGGCCUGAGGGCGCACCAGAAGAGCGCACGGCACAAACCGGUGGUGCACGCCUCCGACGUGCCAUCCCAAGUGUCCCCUCCCCCACCACAGAUGACGGCCAUCCCUCACCAGCACCAGAUGCCCAUGGUGCACCACAUCCCCACCAUGGUGUUAUGA